CUCACUCUGAUAGCAAUUAGUGCCUCAAUUCUCUGCAUUUCAGCUGGCCUUGUUUGACUCCCAGUUCCGGUUUGUAGGCUUCUGAUGCUGCUGUGCGUUUGGGUCUGUAAUUAGCUGGGCAUUUGACUUCUACCUUGGUGCUGAAUGAAGUUGCUGGUGCAGUACUAACUUCAGGCAGGUCUGUAGCUACUGUGCCAGCACCUCCCAGGUCAGUAGUAGCAGUGCUCUGUGCCUGGCUCCCAGGCGCUCACCGUGACGUGCUGUGCCUGCAGCAGCGAUGCUCACGCUGUCCCUGGCUGUGCUGGGGCUGCAGGCAGCGCCUGGGCUCGCUGCUCCGGGCACAUAUGGCCGUGUCGGGGCACACCGCAGUGCUGGCAGAAAGGUCACCAGCAUCAGACCUCAACGUGGCAUUGCAUGAGUGCAUGGCAGCUCUGGAUUUAUUUCUUAGCAACAAGUUCUCAGAUGCUUUGGCUUCUUUACAAGCAAAAACUAAAGAUAGUAUGUAUCAUGCACUGACUUACGCCACUAUACUGGAAAUGCAAGCUAUGAUGACAUUUGAUCCUCAGGACAUAAUGAAUGCAGGAAACACCAUGAAAGAAGCUCAAGCCACCUGUCAAAAAUUUAGGAAGAAAUCUACAGUAGCUGAUUCCAUCAACAAUCUUGUGCAUAGACAAAGCCUUGAAAACUUUACUGAAGAGGAAAUCCAUGCAGAAAUUUGCUAUGCUGAAUGUUUACUUCAAAGAGCAGCACUCACAUUCCUCCAGGAUGAGAAUAUGGUUAGCUUCAUAAAAGGAGGCAUCAAAGUCAGAAACAGUUACCAAACAUACAGCUGCAGCUUUUUUUGGAACAUCAAAAACCUGUGGGUGAAGCGUGAGUAAUUCCAUUAAAAAGGCAUGAAACAAAAAAUUAAGAGAAAAUAAACUGAAGAGC